UUCUGCCGAACACUUGGCCGGCACCGCUGCCUCCUCCGUAUUCCGGCGACUAAUCCCCCGUGAUGGCGGAGAGGUUCUUCUCCUGCAAUCCCACCGCCGUACCCCCGUUUGACGACGCCGGCAUCAUCCUCCUCUCGGGCCCUGCAUGCUGCGGCAAGACCUCGCUCCUUUUCCAGUUCGCAAUAAACCGUGCAGCGGAGAGCGGCCGGCACGUGGUGUUCAUCUGCAGCAAGGGGAGGUUGGAGAACAGUCCUCCAUUCCUGUCCCAAGGUGUUGAUCCAUCUCUGAACGUGCUCCAGAGGGUACAAAUCAAAUAUAUUGAAGAUGAUGAGGGGAUCAGAAAGUACUUUGCUGCUUUUCACCUGCUUGACGACUUUCCUGCCGCAGUCAUUGUUGAUGAUUUUACCGGGUUCUUCUCCGAGAGCUGUAAUAGGAGCUGCCAGCAAAGAUAUGGAAAUACUAGAGCUCGUGAUCUAGCAAUGGUUCGCAUCUUAGCUUUGUGUCAGAAUGCUAUUACACAUGCAAAUGUAAAGCUGGGAACACUUGGAUCUUGCAAUCUCUUGCUCUCCGAUGUACAUCAAGGCGAUAACCCAAGAUCCCUGUUCAUCUACAAGAGAUGGAUAAGUUCCAUAUAUACAAUCCAAGGUGAUGGCCUGGGAUCCUACCUACUAAAGAACAUUAGCACUUCACAAAGUGGAACCAAGGAAGCGAGAACAGCUAAAUACUCGAUAGCUCUGCAAUAUCUUGUUCUUGAGGAGAUCAAAGAAUAAUCCCUUUGCUCUGUAUUUGGAUUUAGUGUGUAAGAUUUUCGGUUCAGAUUGGUCCAUGAGUUGAUUGUAAAUUCCAGUUCGGAAUUCCUACACUAGUAUUGGCUUUCCCUUGCGAAGAUAAUAACAUUUCAGUAAUCCACGACAAUUGUUUUUGUGGAAGAUGGGACUGCUUGUAUAUUUUGUUGAAAACAGCAUACUCAGAUUUCGAUCUAUCCAACCUUUCAAUGA